GAACCACAGGCACCAACAUAAUCGUCCAUAUUAUCACAAUCUCUUCGUAUUCUCCAUCACACUUUCCCAAUGGAGUCGCGAGUGUUGUCACGCGCCACCGCCCUCCCUCACCUCCGCAGGCUACCGCGUGAGUCCGUCUCCAGUAAUGCCUCCCUCGUCUCCGUCAGAGCGAUCGGGUCCGUUGCCGACGGCGGGAACCUCAUCUGGGGGAGGCAGCUGCGUCCAGAGCUUUGCUCACCGGCGCUAAAGAAGGAUGCUGUUCUGCUCCGUCCUUGCCUCGCCGCCGCCUCCUCGCCGGCUGGUGGUAGCGAUUCCGCCGGGGAAGCGAAGGUUGCUCCGGUUGGGUUCUUUGCGAAGUACCCGGCUCUUGUCACCGGAUUUUUCUUCUUCACAUGGUACUUCUUGAAUGUGAUUUUCAACAUCCUCAACAAGAAGAUCUACAAUUACUUUCCCUAUCCUUACUUUGUGUCGGUUAUCCAUUUGUUUGUGGGUGUGGUGUACUGUUUGGUGAGCUGGACCGUGGGCCUCCCUAAGCGCGCGCCUAUAGACUCCAACCAGCUGAAAUUGCUCAUUCCUGUGGCUGUGUGUCAUGCACUAGGCCAUGUCACCAGCAAUGUCUCGUUUGCCGCAGUUGCUGUUUCUUUCACACAUACUGUUAAAGCUCUUGAGCCAUUCUUCAAUGCUGCUGCUUCACAGUUCAUACUUGGCCAAUCAAUUCCCAUCACUUUAUGGCUGUCACUUGCUCCUGUUGUUAUUGGUGUGUCAAUGGCAUCAUUGACGGAGCUCUCAUUCAACUGGCUCGGCUUCAUAAGUGCUAUGAUUUCAAACAUUUCCUUCACAUACCGGAGCAUCUACUCAAAGAAAGCCAUGACUGAUAUGGAUAGCACCAAUCUCUAUGCUUACAUCUCCAUCAUUGCUCUAAUUGUCUGCCUACCACCGGCCAUAAUUCUGGAAGGGCCUGUACUGUUGAAGCAUGGCUUCAAUGAUGCAAUUGCCAAAGUAGGUCUUGUCAAGUUCGUCACAGAUCUCUUCUGGGUUGGGAUGUUUUACCACCUCUACAACCAGGUGGCCACCAACACACUGGAGAGAGUGGCUCCUCUCACUCAUGCAGUUGGCAACGUACUGAAACGUGUAUUUGUGAUUGGAUUUUCAAUUAUUAUCUUCGGUAACAGGAUUUCCACCCAAACUGGUAUUGGAACAGCAAUUGCAAUUGCUGGAGUGGCAAUCUACUCGCUUAUCAAAGCCAGGAUCGAGGAAGAGAAGCGACAAGCGAAAGCAGCAUAAGGUGAAAAAGGCGUCAACUUGGAGGAUGUCUUGCACUGUAAAUGAGUAAAAAUUUCCCUCAAAAUAAUUGACUGGUUCAGUACUGAACUAUCUUUGUGAUAGCGCGCAUUUUUAUUUUUCCUUCUUUUUGUGAAAUCCUUUUUAUCCCCUUCCUUCGUUCAUUCAGAAAACAGUGACUUGCUGAUUUGCGGUCUUCUAUUGUUGAUUGGAAAAUGAUGUAUCCAUGAUUCUCAUAAGGAAAAUAACUCAUUUAUCACUCAAA